AUGAUCUGGAUACUUCAAGUCUUGUUUUCACCGCUCCCAACACCAGCAUUGAUUAGUCUUAUUGUACUUGGAGUUGGCAUCUUCCUGUGGGUGAUAAGCAGGCCAAAACCUGUUUUGCCUCCUGUUGACUUGAACAAGCAGUCAAUAGGAAUUGAGGGGGGAGCCAGAAGAGGUGCACUCCUGACAGAUAAUAACCUGCUUUCUUACUACUUCGAAGAUGGUAAAACCUUGUAUGAAAUUUUUCAAAGAGGACUGUAUGCUUCUGAAGAUGGCAACUGUUUAGGCUACAGAAAACCCAACCAACCUUAUCAGUGGCUGACAUAUAAGCAGGUUUUGGACAGAGCUCAGUACCUGGGAUCAGGGCUUCUGCAAAAAGGAUGCAAACCAGCAUCAAACCAGUUUAUUGGCAUUUUUGCUCAGAAUAGGCCAGAGUGGAUCAUUUCAGAGUAUGCCUGCUACACUUACUCAAUGGUUGCUGUUCCACUCUAUGACACUCUGGGGCCAGAGGCCAUUGUAUAUAUUGUGAACAAAGCUGACAUAAGCAUAGUGAUCUGUGACAAGCCUGAGAAGGCACAGAUCUUGCUCGAGAACUGUGAGCAAGGAAAGACUCCAUGUCUGAAGACUAUAAUUCUCAUGGAUCUCUUUGAUAAAGAACUCAAGGACAGAGGAGCUAAAGUGGGAGUUGAACUUCUAUCAAUGUAUGAAGUUGAGGAGCUGGGAAGAAACAACAUCAGUGAACCAGUUCCUCCUAAGCCUGAAGAUCUUUGCAUUGUCUGUUUUACCAGUGGAACCACAGGUAACCCUAAAGGUGCCAUGCUGACACAUCAAAACGUUGUUGCAAAUGCUGCUGCCUUCCUUAGAGGCACAGAGAACACAGUUGAAUUUUCAAGCUCAGAUAUCACCAUGUCCUAUCUUCCCUUGGCUCACAUGUUUGAGAGAGUUGUACAGACUGUAGCCUACAGCUGUGGAGCAAAAGUAGGCUUCUUCCAAGGAGAUAUCAAGUUGCUAACAGAUGACAUGAAAACCUUGAAGCCAACACUAUUUCCAGUUGUACCAAGACUGCUCAAUAGAAUAUAUGACAAGAUACAAAGUGGUGCAAAGAGCCCAGUGAAACGCUGCCUGUUAAACUUGGCUGUAUUGAUGAAGACGGCUGAAAUAAAACAGGGCAUAUUUCGAAAUGACAGCAUUUGGGAUCAGCUUAUCUUCAAGAAAGUUCAGGAAACAAUGGGUGGAAGAGUGCGUAUAAUGGUUACAGGAGCAGCCCCUAUAUCUCCCUCUGUCCUGACAUUUCUUAGAGCAACAUUAGGCUGUCAGAUCUUUGAAGCUUAUGGACAGACUGAAUGCUCAGCUGGAUGCACUUUCUCCACACCUGGAGACUGGACAACAGGUCAUGUGGGAGCCCCUCUGGCAUGUAAUAUCAUAAAACUAGAUGAUGUGGAAGAAAUGAACUACUUCUCUUCUAACAAUGAAGGCGAGGUCUGCAUUAAAGGACCAAAUGUGUUCAAGGGUUAUUUGAAAGACCCUGAGAAGACAGCAGAAGCAAUUGAUAAAGAUGGCUGGCUCCACACUGGAGACAUAGGGAAAUGGUUACCAAAUGGAACACUGAAGAUCAUUGAUAGGAAGAAGAAUAUAUUUAAGCUUGCACAAGGAGAAUACAUUGCUCCAGAGAAGAUAGAAAAUGUCUAUGUCAGAAGUGCUCCUGUAGCCCAGGUCUUUGUACACGGGGAAAGCCUGAGGUCUUUUCUAGUAGGUAUAGUGGUUCCUGAUCCUGAGACACUUCCAGGAUUUGCAGCAAAGCUGGGAGUAAAAGGUUCCUAUGAAGAACUCUGCAAAAAUCCGGCAGUGAAGAAAGCUAUUUUAGAAGAUAUGGUCAGACUGGGGAAGGAGGCUGGCCUUAAAACCUUUGAACAAGUUAAAGACCUGUACAUCCAUACAGAGAUGUUCUCUGUUGAAAAUGGACUCUUAACACCAACCCUGAAGGCGAAGAGAGCAGAGCUUGUUAAACUCUUCCACAAGGAGAUUGAGGCCCUUUAUUCAAGUAUGCAGGAAUAAGUGGCCAGUUUUAAACUGAACUGCAUGGAGUAUCCAAACAAAUCUGUGACACUACAUGGCCUAUGGAGAACAUAGGCACGAGUGGAGGGAAGCAUGGAGAACAUAAAUAUAUUGUUUCUGGUAUCCUGGGAAAAACAACUUUCAGAUGAAGAUGGCUAUAGUAUAACUGACAACUGGCA